UGCUGCGAGACCCGCUCACCAAGAAGAAGAAGGCUACGGACUGUCUGGCGCACUUUUCGGCUCAGUUUGGUUCGGAUACGUGCGCACUGACCGUUUUUACGCACCGCUUCCCUGUUUGGAGAACGCAGGUUUUACGCCAAUGGCAAGUCCGGUGGCAGACGUAGGACAGUCUCAUCAGCAGCAUCACCUCGACACGGCCGUAGACAGUGCCAUCCAGGAGGCGCGCACAUGGAUAGAGGCCGUGACUGGACGAUGUUUUGGUGAGAAGGAUUUCCGGGGAGGCCUGGAGAACGGGAUACUCCUGUGCGAGUUGUUGAGUUCCGUUAAACCUGGCUUGGUGAAGAAAAUCAACCGACUUCUGACUCCCAUAGCUGGUUUGGACAACCUGACUGCUUUCCUGCGUGGCUGUGAGGACUUAGGACUGAAAGGAUCCCAGCUGUUUGACCCUGGAGACCUACAAGACACGUCAACUGCACAAACAAACAAGGGAAGCGACUGCAGCCGAAAACUCAAGAAUGUUCUGAUCACUCUUUAUUGGCUGGGUCGUGCUGCCAACUGCUGUACCUCCUACAACGGGCCCACGCUGGACCUGGCACAGUUUGAAGGCCUGCUGUCACAGAUGCGAAAGGAGGCAGAGGAGGCGGACAGCCCCGGACGCAGCAUCAGGGACAGUGGCUACAUUGACAGCUGGGACUCAGAGCGCAGUGACUCUCUCUCUCCUCCUGCACACGGCCGAGAGGACUCACUCGACAGCCUGGACUCCCUCGGCUCUCGCUCCAGACAAACGCCGUCCCCUGACGCCCUGGGGCCCCGCGCCAACAGCGAUGGCCGCGGCAGUGACUCAGAGUCGGACGGCCCGUUCCACAGGAGGAUGCCGGAUGUGCGUAAAGACGACAUGUUGGCUCGCCGGACCUCCGUGAGUGAACCCAAAGCCGCCAUGCCCUUUAACCAGUACCUGCCCAACAAGAGCAACCAAAGCGGCUACGUACCCCUCCCCCUGCGCAAGAAGAGGAGUGACAGCAGUGAGAGCAGCCGCAAGAGCUGGAGUACAGCCACCUCGCCUGUAGGGGGAGAAAGGCCUCUCAGUUCUCCAGCUCGUUCCUGCUCUGAGGAACUCUUCAAGCGUUCAACAGUAUCACCAAACAGGUCCUCUAAACCUAUCGACACACCACAAAUGCCCAUUGCUGUAAAGGACCAGAUUAUCCCCAGUACCAGCAUGUCUAUGCCUGCCUCCCUGGCCUCCUCUCCAUCAGCUGAACCAGGGCACGGGAAAAACAAGGCCCUGAGCGAAAGUGACCACCCCCCAGGAGCUGCUGCUUGGCUGGAGAGCAGUCUUCAAACAACAUUCAGCCGCACAGACAUUUCAGAUGAGUCUCAGAGUGUGAGUAUGAUUGACAUGCGGGACGGAGAGGACCCCCUGCUCCCGCCCCACAGCCAGGCCCGCCACGAGCUCAUGCACAACCAGUACAACCGCAUCAAGGAGGACGAGAGCCACUGGCAGGAUGACCUGGCACGAUGGAAAAACCGCAGGAGGAGCAUCUCUCAGGACUUAAUCAAGAAGGAGGAGGAGAGAAAGAUGAUGGAGCAGCUUCUGACCGGAGAUCAGGUCAUCUCCCACAGGCGCCGCAGCAUCAAGACCUACAGGGAGAUCGUUGAGGACAAAGAGCGUCGGGAGGAGGAGUUACGCAUCGCAUACAAGAACGCCCGCACCCAGGAGGAGGCCUCAGCCAUCCUGCAGAGAUACGCCCAGCGCUUCUCCAUCAGCGAGGCUAUACUGGAGCGACUACAGCUGCCCAAACUGUUAGACCGCAGCGUAUCGGCCGACCCCACCUGCCCCUUCCCCCUUUCCAUCUCCCUGUCCCCCACCUCCCCAGAGCCUCCCGAGAUGGAUCCUAACGGCCCCCUGCGAUACCUGCGCCAACAGUCUGCCCCCUCGCCCAAGUUCACAUCCACACUGGAGACGCGGGUGGAGGAGUAUUCCAAAGAUCGGUCCCACCACACGCCUCAGAUCAGGUCACGGUCCUCAGAGCCCCCCUCAUCCAGAGCACUGUCCCCCAAACCUGUGCCUUUGCUGACGCCCAAGCCUUACUUCCACUCACGGAGCUCCACAGACCCAUGGAGCGGCAAGGUGGAUGGUCUGCUGCGAGUGAACGGAGACACGGGCAGUGACGGUGUUCUCUCCACUCCGGACAGUAGCCUGGGAUUGGAAUCUCCAGUGUUCCAGGCCUGCACCCCCACCUCCCCCUACACCCCCAGCAGCUCCCCCGCCCCCGUGUUCUCCCCCCUCACACCCAUCACCCCACUCACUCCGCUAACCCCCAUAUCACCAGAGACAGCCAGCCCAGUGCCAAACAACGACCAGGAGAUGCCAAACCACAAAUCUGAAGAUGUCGAACAAAAAGAAGCCAAUGAGGACACAAAACAGUUAACUCGUCCUAACUCGCUGCCAACUGAAUUGCAGAAGCCAGAAGAAAGCUCAGAUAAACUGUUAAAUGCAGCUCAACCAACUCCUCUCUCAGAUGCCAAAACAGAACACGAGGUAGUGGAGUCAUCCAGUCAACCCAAACUCCAGUCAGAGAUCAGCAGACAAGUAACGUCAGAGUCUAGUGUGUCUAUAUCUCAGGAGUGGAGGAGAGAGAGUGUACCCACGAGCCUUUCUGCUCCAGGGUCGUUUGGAGGUCAGCCCUCCACAGACCACACCACAGAAGAUACAGAGAAGGAUCUCCGUGGCAAUGUGUCAGCUGAGUCAUCCCAGAGCAGGCGGGGUGACCGCUGGUCCUGGGACCAGGAGGAGGAGCGACAGCGUCAGGAGAGGUGGCAGCAAGAGCAGGAGCGCAUGCUGCAGGAGAAGUAUCGUCUGGAGCAGGAGAAGCUGAAGCAGGAGUGGGAGAGAGCCCAGAGGGAGGUGGCCGAGGAGGAGCGCAAGUACCACGAGGAGGAGCAGAAGAUCCUGGAGGAGACCACAGCCCCUCUGACCCCUCUGUCCUCCGUCCAGCCGUCCCCCAGCAGAGGGGACAUGUCCAUCAGCUCCGCCCCCCAGGACACCAUCGUCCGCUCACUGGCUGACUGGGAACGCAAACAGGAGGCACUGGAGAGACAGAAAGGGAAUCCCGAAGAAUACAAGCGCAAAGAGAAUGACCGCACCAGUGACAUCAGUACUGCAGACGACAGCAUGAAAACUGCAAGAAGUUCAUUCAGUCACAGUAUGAGCCAAGCCGACACACAUGCUCACAGUUUACAGAAUGGUCAGAAGUCUUCGUCCGUGCAAACCAAAAUGUCCUCUCCAGGCAGUAAAGCGCAGGAGGCCCCAUCGGAGAGCAGCAGACAGAGCCGGAGGAGUGGCCCUCUCGAUAAUAACAGGAGCUCAUCAAAGCCCCCCGCUUCACCGUCACCCCACCCUCCAUCAGACACUGCGCCUCCAGUCCCAAACAGGUCUGUGAGUGGGAAGAAGCUGUGCUCGAGCUGUGGACAGCCUCUGGGGAAGGGAGCCGCCAUGAUCAUAGAGACACUCAGCCUCUACUUCCACAUUCACUGCUUUAAGUGUGGGGUGUGUAAGGGCCAGCUGGGAGACACCACGACUGGGACCGAUGUGCGGAUCCGGAGCGGCCUGUUAAACUGUCACCAGUGCUACAUCCGCUCUCGCUCUGCCGGACAGCCCACCAUGUUGUGAUGCAGCACAGCAAAGCACGCGGAAGAGCUCUCAUCCAUUUUAACACAAUUACCCACAAACCAUCUCCGCAUCCUCUUCGGGAACCAAUCAGGAUCCAUCGCCGUGCAGAUUCUGGAGACAGUCAAAAUAAUAUCCUCUAUGUAUAUGUCAUCUGAUUUGUCCGUGGAAUCAAUCAGGAUGGAUUUGAUUGGUCGAUCGCUCCGUUGAGGGAAGACUGGGCUGCCGCAGCGUCGGCCAUGUUGGAUACGGUAUUCCAAACAAUGACAUACAUAAAAACAAGUGUGCUAAAGGAUUUUUACAAUUGGAAACAAUGUUGAUAUUCACCAUUCAGUUCCAUGUUACAGGAAUGCAGUAUGUCACUAAGUCUUAAUUCAUUUUUAGCUUUUUAAUUUCGAAAAUCAGGCAGCUUCAAUUGGAUUAGUUAAUCGUUCAACGGGCUACGGAAAUAUAUUUUACCCUUGCAAAAAAUCAAUAUGUUUAUGUAAAGAAGUGCAAUAAUGGUCACUAUAAAAACUAUUAUUCAGAGCCUCAGCAACAAACAAGAUUUUCGUUUUUUUUAAAGAUUGAAUUCUAUUAUGUAAACGAUAUGGAUGUAAAGUUGAGUAUUUAGGGCAAUAAGAUGACUCACAAAAGUAUGUAAUGUGCCUUAGGAAGCGAGACAAUGCAGGCUAACCACCAGCUUUGUGGUGCUUAGCUGUGACGGAGAAAUAUGGAAAUAUUUCUCCAUUGAUGCUUGCUCAUAUGUACUGUUGUAAUACUUUAUAAUAACUACUCGAUUUACAGCCUUAAAGGUCCUAUAUUACUCUUGUGAGCUUACCUCAUCAGAAACAUACCUGGAGUUGUGUUUUGUUUCAUUCACACAUAACUCCUGGUAUGUUUUUGAUGAGAAAACAACAUAACAUAGGAAAAUAGCGUAAUAUGGGCCCUUUAAUAAAGCAUGAACAAAGACUUUCAUAAUUCAUAAUGAGUAAAUGAUUUAUUCCAGUCACACUAUGUAACUAUUAAACCAAAAAUAGACUAAAUAACUAACUAUAAAAGAAUGCGCAAGUUUUAAAAAUGUGUCCUUGCUGUGUGCGGGCUUGCAUCUCCACAAACCUGUCUCUUAUUUGGCCUCCUGCUUGUUUCCAUGGAAAUGUUGCUUCUUUGGUUAUAAACAGUAUAGCAUAAAGCAUCUCUAUGGAGAAUGUUCCGGAGUGUGGUUUUAAUGUACUAUUUCCGUGGAAUCAUGACGGGCCACCUCCAGAAAUGUACAUACUUUACCUUUAAGAUUCAGGCUUAGGUCGUAAGGAUUUUAGAGUUAGGGAUUUAAUGAAGUAGUGCCUAAGCCUGACUCAUUCUUGAUAAACUAUUUGCUCAUUAUGAUUAAAGUCUUUGUUCAUGCUUUAUUAAGGCAAAUUAAAGUUCAGUUAUUAUAAAAAGUUACCUUACUGUUUAAUUGCUCCGAUUUUAAAUUCCUAUUCAGUGAUUUGCAGUGGUAUGGAAAACCGGAAAAUGUUUGAAUCCCGAAUGUUUUAGAUGCUAUGCUAUGCUGUUCUUAUGAGAUCAACUUAUCGCUCCACAUUAAGAUUGCUUUAUAAACUGCUAAAA